GGCUUCAGAGGCGCGAGCGCGAGCGCGUCGCUAUAAAGCGCGUGGGGUUGACGCUCGCUCACUCAGUGCGGGACAGACGCGCAGCGGAGCUUUAACGAUGCUGGCUGUGAUCCGGCUGAUCUUCAUCCUCCGGACCGUCAUCUUCAUCAUCAGCGCGGAGAAAGUCUUCCACAGCAGAGAUCACUCCGAUGCGAUGAACGACAUCCGACAGGCGGAACUCAUCACCGACACCGACACUGCACAGCGGUUUCUGUCUAAGUACGGCUUCAUAAAGGCCACAGACGGCGAUGAGCCUUCGUUCCCAGCGGGUGAGACGGAGGUCAGUCUCUCUCUGGACCUUCAGGAGGGAGGAACCGUGUCCAGAUCCGGCAGCCCUGAUCUCCGGUUCAUCUCGGCCCUGAAGGAGUUCCAGCAGGUGUCCGGUCUGCCCGUCACAGGUGUGUUUGAUGACGCCACCAAAGCAGCCAUGAAUAAACCCAGGUGUGGCGUCCCGGACCGGGAUGAGGAGCUAGAGUCUCCCGAACAAGUGUUCGAGUCCAACAGCACCACAACACACACUCACACUGAUGCUGCAGUGAAUGCCAGUGAUGCAGCCAAUAAUACUGAACCUCAUGUGCGGAAACAGCGUCACCUGGCGGCGCUUCUGAGGAGCAGGAGGAGGAGAGACGCAAGCGCCUGGACGGGACACAUGGCCUUCUCUAAGAGCCUCCUGAAGUGGCGUCUGAUGGGAGAAGGUUACAGCAGUCAGCUGUCCAUUGACGAGCAGAAGUACAUCUUCAGACUGGCCUUCCGCAUGUGGAGCGAAGUCUCUCCGCUGCAGUUCGUGGAGGACACUCACUCGCCUCUGGAGGACAUCGACAUCCGACUGGGCUUCGGGACAGGUCGUCAUCUAGGCUGCUCUCAGCGGUUUGACGGCGCGGGACGAGAGUUCGCUCAUGCCUGGUUCCUCGGGGACAUUCAUUUCGACGAUGAUGAACAUUUCACCGUCCCAAACAUGGGCAGCGGGAUCAGUCUUCUCAAG